UUCGGGCGGUUGGUGUUGAAAAUGGCGAUCCCGGCGAGUCAGGAUUUACAGCAGCAGUUGGAGAAACAGAGGGAGGCUGCAGAGGUUACCCCGCCGGCCGCCGAGCAGGAUACCAUUCACCUCAACCAGGGCCACAUCGAGGAGAUCAACAACCACGACAAGUCCGGCGUCCCCCUUAACUCGUCCUGGACUUUUUGGCUCGAUAGGUCAGUUCCGGGAACAACUGCAGCAGAGUGCGAAUCCAACUUGAAAAAAAUUUAUACUGUGCAAACUGUCCAGAGUUUUUGGAGUGUCUACAACAAUAUUCCUGCAGUGACCAGAUUGCCCCUCCGUUGUAGUUACCACCUAAUGAGAGGAGAGAGACGACCAUUGUGGGAAGAUGAGAGUAAUGCCAAAGGAGGAUUGUGGAAAAUGAAAAUCUCAAAAGAACAUACCACUGCUGUUUGGAAAGAAUUAUUACUGGCCACGAUUGGUGAACAGUUUGUAGAUUGUUGUACAGAAGAUGAUGAGGUAGUCGGUGUCAGUGUCAGUGUCAGGGAUCGUGAAGACAUUGUUCAAGUUUGGAAUGUAAAUGCCGCUAGAACAAAUGAAGUAACUAUUAUACAAAAGAUUUAUGAACUUCUCCCAAAAGUAACGUUUAAGGCAGUUUUUUACAAACCUCAUGAGGAACAUCAUGCUUUUGAAGGUGGUCGUGCAAAACCAUAGUGAUUCACAACAAGCACUUUGUGUGGACAGCUAAGAAUUUGUUUGUAUGUGAGAUUAGAGAGUUGGACUCUAACUACCAAAAUGGUGAAUUCUAAAAGAAUUUUAACUUUUUUUUUUAAAAUCAGAUGACUAAUUCGCAAAGGAAAACAAGUGAAAUAUUGCCAUCUUAAUAUGUUACAGUUGUUUUGUGACUUGCAUUAAUAUCUCUAUUUGGUAAAAUCUUUCUCUAAAGGCAGAAGUGUUGCUCACGGUCUUAAUUUUAAUAUUAGAUAACUUUACUUUUGCUUUUGACUGCAUUCCUGUUCUUUCAGGCAUGAAGUUUCUAACUGUGACUUAAGUAUUUGUAUUGUACUUAGCAAGUGGUUGCUAAUAUGUACGUAAGACCUGGUGUUUAAUCUGGAAAAAAAGCUAUCAGAAGGAAUAUUGAUUCACAUAUGAUGUAGUUAAACCAAUUAAUGGUGGCAUAUUUUUAGUAGAUCGUAGUUUUCUUUUUUUUUAGAGAAGUGAUUGCAUUAUGUAAUCAUGUAAGUCACUGUAAUUUUUGGUCUUGUGGAUGCUUGCACUGAUAUACAAAUGUUUCCAUCUGCAGAAAAUGCAGCAGAUUGUCUGAAAGAACUGUCAAGUUUGUGUUCUCCUUCAUUACCUUUUAUUGUAUAACUUUAUUAAGUAAUUAUUAUUUUAGGCCAUUCACUAAUUUCAUUUGCAAUGUAUUGAAAUGCUUCUCUUCAUUGCUAGUUAUCCACUUCACCUGUUUAAAAACUUAGUCUUACUUGAAUUCAGAAGUUUUUGAACGUUCUUAUUAUGGCACCUUAAACUAGUUUUUGUUCUGUCCGUAGAGAAAGAGUAUGCAGUAAGUAAUGUUGCAGUAGGUUUUUAUUCUGUUACAGUACUUGCUGUCAUAAGUGCAGUGAUGUUAUGUGAUGUGACUUAUGCGUUUCAUUGCUACAGAGCCAAAGAAUUCUAAUGUAAUGUUUUGAGAAACGUUGAAGAAAAGUAAGGAGAAAGCUGUGAAUGUACACAUGCCAUGCCAAAAUAAGAUUAACAUUCAAAUAUUAUUUUGGAAUUGUACAAAAAUGUCAGUUGUAAAUUUGAGUGUUUACUGCUAUGAAUUCACUGUGUGCAUGUAUAUAAAGUAACACAGAAAACCUGUUUUUCUUUCCUUGAUACUAAAUGCAAUCAUGAUAAUUGUAACAGAUCCGUAUGAAAAGUGUUGAGAAAUCAUCUGGGCUAUAUGCAGGAUGUUUUGAUUGCCUAAACUACCUGAACUAGUUCUGUAAAAUCGAAAUAACUUCUUGUCUGGACUUAAAUCUAAUUCAUAAGUUCUUCUGAGAGGUACAUUCAGUUCUCGGAAUUGAAAGUUGUUGUCUCUCUGUAACAAAUAAUUUACACGGAAAUUUGUCAUACUUUUCCCUGACCAGCUUAUCAAUUAUUACAUCUUUAUUAAAACCAUCAUGCAUCAAGUUCUGUAGCAUCCAUUGCACAGGUGUUACUCCUAAUUUACAAUAGUUUAAAUAACAAUGCUAAAAUACACCCCUAAAGACUAGGAAAGAUAGUUUUGUAAAAGUGAGCGCUUUUCUUUACCUAAAGUAAAUCUAUAUCAGACUUGGGAAAACUGCUAUGGUUUCCUACAUCUUGCAUAACCUAUAUUAUGUAGCAUCAAAAUUAUUGAUCAUCGCAUAUUAGUCAUUGUGUUUUAAUUGAUUUGAGAAAAUCAAGUUCUAGGAGGUUACUACAGUUUAUAACUAUGGUUUUAUUUUCCAUGCACUGAUUGUUUUCUGGAAAAAAAAACAAAAGCUGAUAUUUUAUCUCAACCAACAGGUUUCUGUGGACAAUGGAUUAAAGCACAAAUGUUUUUGUAACAAUCAAAGCAAACUGGUAAUUCAUAACUGUGAAAAUGUAUACUUCAAUAUCAUCAAAACAAAAUUGUUUUUCUCCAUGAAUGAAUGGAUCAGUAAAAGUAUUUCGUACACCCAUAAGAAAAUUCUGUAACUGUUGGAUAUGUGAAUGUUAACAUGGUAUUUUUAGUAAAAAAACAAAAGAACUGUGGAUGCUGUAAAUCAAACAAAAAACAGAAGUUGCUGGAAAAGCUCAACAGAUCUGGCAGCAUCUGUGAAGAGAAAUCAGAGUUAAUGUUUCCGGGCCAGUGAAGGGUCAUUACUCUGAUUUCUCUGCACAGGUGCUGACAGACCUGUUGAGCUUUUCCAGCAACUUCUGUUUUUGUUUAUAGUAUUUUUAGCGUUUUUGGAUAUUAAACUUAUCCAAAAUUUGAAUCCGGAUCUGCUGGGACUCUGGUCAGUGAACGACCAGUUUUAAAUUGUAUUCUCUCAUGAUUUGAAAAUAAAAGCAUUUUUUUUUAA